AUGGCAAAGUUUGCGGGCGGCACCUGCCUCAUCCGCAUCAUGAUGGUGAUGUUUGCCGGCUGCUUGUCCUUCAAGUUGUCGGAGCCGCUGGGCGGCACAGAGACUCAGGGGCCUCCCGGAAGUGUCGAGGGGCCCGAAGAUGCCAGCAGCGCUGAGAGAGAUGGCUUGGGUGGUCUCGGAAAGAACCUGAACUUCCUUCUUGUGAAGGUGGCGCAGCUCGAGGCUCUUGCCGAAAUGCAGCAAGCGGAGAUUGCCACACACCGCCUGGAGAUCGCAUCCCUUAAGAAAGAGCGGCACAGCUACUCCGACUCCCCGACCGCCGAGGUGCCUUCCAAGCCCCGCGGCAUCUUGCUGGAGACGCAGUCGGAAGAGGAAGCCAAGACCCGGCUGGACGAGACCACGGCCGUCCUGAAGAACGUCUGGCGGAAGCACGAGCACCAGCGCCGGACCGGCCUUGGAGCUUCGAAGAACGAGACCGCAAGCCUCGCAGCCGAGACUAAGGAGGAUGCGGAGAAGAUUAAUCCGAUAGACUGGGUCACCGAUCCGGUGGGUACCUUGAAAAGUGGAUUCGAUGCACUUUCUUCCACGGCUGACAAGGUGAACUAUGCCAAAGACCAGCUGGCGACUCACGCGUUUGACACCGUGGAGAAGGCAACGACGCUCCUGGAGAAUGUCCUCGAUCUCCCAGGCUUUCGGGACUUUUGGGUGAAGCUUCACAGGCCCCAGGUGCCAAGUUUCGACACAAGCACUGGGAAGCUGAAGCUCGGCAAAAUUAAGAUUGAGAUCAAUUUGAUCAAUGUGAACAAGCAGUGGGAGCUGGACUUGGGGACUAUCGACCUACCAGGGACGCUGAAGGAGGUGGCCACCACCUCUCUCGCGACUGUUCAGGGGGCGAUGAGCCUUGGAGGGGAGCUCGCCGGUUGCUCGAAUUGGCACUUGCCUGGUGAAGCCGUGAGGUGCAUCGGGAACAAGAUCGUCGAUUUGUUUGCCCAGCUUAAGACGGUGGCCACCACCUCUCUCACGUUUGUUCAGGGGGCGAUGAGCCUUGGAGGGGAGCUCCAAAGUUGCGCGAAUUGGCACUUGCCUGGUGAAGCCGUGAAGUGCUUCGCGGGCAAGACGAUCGAGAAGGUGGAGGAGCUGAACUUUCCUGGCGACAGCGCCGUCCAGCAAGUUCAGAAGAUGAUCACGGUGGGACGGGACCUGGACUGUCCGAAUUGGCAUUUGAACAGUGGCCUCGUCACGUGCCUUGGCACCAAGAUCAUCGACAAGGUUCCUCCGCUGAAAGCCACGGUCAAUGUGGGCCAUGAACUUUCUGCCUGCUCCCAGCAGACGGGGGAUGCGCUCAUGCAGUGCCUCGGCACAAUUAUCAUCGAAAACACCCCUCCCUUCAGCUAUCUGAGCCAUCUGGGCGAUGUACUCUCCGAGUUCCUGGAGGCGGGCC